AAUUUCACUCCAAGUAUUGAGAGUUAGCAAUUUAUCGAGUUGCUUAAAGUUACAAGGGCUCAAUUGACACUUCUUGUGUUGUAUAAGUACUCUUUUGCCAUUAAGUCAGAAGUAUUUUCUUUAAAGAGAAACAUAACUGCAACCCUUUUACUGUGUGAGGGGUAAUGAGUUCCAAUGCCGCUAGGCUGUGGCACUACGGCUCAAGAUGUAGCUCCAAAGGUGCCCUUCAGGAGUCUCAGCAUAAAACUAAAGUCACCAUUUUGAAAACUACAAAUCCAGCACAAAUGUCACAAGCCACCAUGGAAAGUGAAGGUACUGCCAUGACCAACAACAACAUCAAUCAGAGGAAACCCAGAUUUCUUUGCCUUCAUGGAUUUCGAACAAGUGGUGCAAUUCUGAAGAAACAAAUUCUUGAUAAAUGGCCAAGUCAAGUUGUGGAAAAAUUGGAUCUUGCAUUUGUUGAUGCACCUUUCCCCUCUCAAGGCAAAUCUGAAGUUGAGGGAAUCUUUGACCCUCCGUAUUACGAAUGGUACCAGUUCAAUAAGGAUUCCAAAGAGUAUCAGAAUUUUGAUAAUUGUCUUGCAUACAUAGAAGAAUGCAUGAUUAAGCAUGGACCUUUCGACGGUCUUCUUGGUUUCUCCCAGGGGGCAAUUCUCUCUGGAGCAUUGCCUGCGUUGCAGGAUAAGGGAGUGGGACUUACGAAGGUGCCCAAAAUAAAAUAUCUUAUAAUAAUUAGUGGUGCAAAAUUGCAGAAUAAACCACUGGCUGAAAAAGCUUAUUCAUCAGCAAUUACGUGCCCCUCCGUUCACUUCUUAGGUGAGCGAGACUACCUAAAGAAGUAUGGGAUGGAACUCUUGGAAUCAUAUGUUGAUCCAGUGGUGAUCCAUCAUCCUAGAGGCCACACUAUACCAAGAUUUGAUGAGAAAGGAUUAGAGUCCAUGAUUGGUUUCAUUGAGAAGGUGCAAGCAGAAUUAGCAAGUGAACAAGUUUGAUAAAACCUUCUUCUUUUUGGGGUAGCUCCUCGUUUGGGAAAUAAUUUUUUCCUCUUUUUU